AUGCACAUGCCAUUUGGAUUUCGCGCAGCCUCUCGUUUUUUGACAAACUCGGCCCCUUUUACCAUUUUUACAAAAGAUGGCCAGCACUUUGCGGCUUCGAGCGUCCUUUCUGCCUCGGGUCGGCGCGCCAUCCACCUGAAGAAGGCCGCGGAAGCGGCGAAGCUCCCGAAUGUCGUCCAACGCAAACGCCGCCUCAUCGUUGGUGCAACAGGAGCAUCUGGUGCUCUGCUUCUCAUCCGUCUGCUCGAGAUCCUCCGCGCCCUGGACGUCGAGACCCACCUCAUAUUCAGCAAAUGGAGCAUCGCCACAAUGCGGUACGAGACGGACGUCCCCAUCGAAUACGUCCAGUCGCUGGCAACACGGGCAUAUGCGGUCAAGGACAUGACCGCGCCACCCUCGUCUGGCAGCUUUCUCCACGACGGCAUGAUCGUCGUGCCUUGUUCGAUGAAGACGCUAGCAGCAGUCCGAGCUGGGUAUUGCGAUGACUUGAUAUCGCGGUCAGCAGACGUGUGUCUGAAGGAGGGGCGCAAGCUUGUUAUGGCGGUGAGGGAGACGCCACUCAGCGCGAUACAUCUAGACAAUAUGGCCUUUCUACAACGGGCCGGAGCAGUCAUCUUCCCGCCCGUACCGGCAUUUUACACCAGGCCAAAGUCGAUCCAGGACAUCGUGGAUCAGAGCGUGGGAAGGAUGCUGGACUCGCUGGACAUCCACGUGGAUACUUUUCACAGAUGGGACGGUGCUCGUAUGUUGACGUCCAAGGCAGCGGAAAGUCAAGCUGAGCAGCAGGCAAACUUCCAGGAGAUUCCAGGCAAACAAGCCAGCAGUCAGUCAGUAGGUCUAUAA